AUGGAAGUCCCCGACAGAUCCCAGUAUCAAAUCGCUUUACUGGUCCCUCUAAGACAAGACUACGAGACCGCUGCGAUCCUGUUGCAGGAUAAAUACUGUGAACAAUCACUCAAAACCUCACGAGCACUAUGUACUCUCGGCAAAAUUGGUCCCCAUCACCUCGUCUUGGCUGGUGGUCAUGGAGAUAAUUCGGAUACUGCGCUCUUUGCACACAACGCAGCCAGUGAUCUCCUUGCAGAGUUUCCCUCCAUCCGCAUCGCCUUCUUGAUUGGAGUGGACGCCAUAGCACCUGCAGAUGGAAUCGCUAAAUCAGGCGACAUCGUCGUCGGAACACCCCAGGGUCUUGAACCAGGGCUAGUACAAUUUGAUGCUCACCAGACAAGUAUUCUCGGUCGUCUUUCCGUCACCCAUCAAAUGAGUCGUCCACCUUCUGCAGUUCAGUCUGUUAUUGACAGCUUGAGGUCCAAGCCAGGUCGUCAGGAAUUCAACGAAGAAUUGUUCAACAAAGCCAUGACUGUUCGCAGCACUGCGACCGAGCAAGAAAACCUGAGUUGGAGCAAAUCUGUCAAGAUUCUACAUGGAAAAAUUGCAUCCUCGCAAGACAAUCUGCCCAAAGAUGACCUCAUCAAGACAGGGCUCGACAGCAGAGUUCUCUGUUUCGAACGGGCAGCAGCCAAGCUGAAGCCUCAACUCCCUUUCUUGACUAUUUGCGAAGUGACAAAAACAACAAACACUUUUGAAAACACUUCAAGAGAGCAAAGAUCGGGGAUAGCUGCAGUUAUCUACGCCAUGCUGAUCGCCAGCAAGAUUUAUCCGAAUCAGCUAGAAAAACAACGUCACUUUACAAACCUCUUCUCUUACGAGCCGUUUGGACUUGAACGACCGGGCUUCCGCCUGAUCCAACUCAUGCGAGGUGUUCAGUCUCCACUACAAUGCAAUCUUUUCCAGGCUUACCUUGACGAAGAAGAGAGUAUAAUUCCUUACGAAGCACUUUCAUACGUCUGGGGUAGUCAAAGUACGCCUAGCGAUAUAACAGUCGACGGUAAAACAAUGUCUAUCACUGCAAGCUUGUACGAUGCCUUGUAUCAGUUGAGACAACCGGAUGAGGAUAGAAUACUUUGGGUUGAUGCUUUGUGUAUCGAUCAGAGUAACAUCAAGGAACGCAGUCAUCAAGUUAACCAGAUGGGUGAAAUCUAUCGAAAGGCCGACAAUGUCAUUAUCUGGCUCGGCUAUCUUUGCGGUGAUGCGGCCUUGUUGAAAAUGGUUAUUGAUCAGUUCUCGAAGCAACUUCCUUUCGAAGCCUUUCGAAGAUGGCCUCGUGAGGACCAAAGGUGGAAGGAAACAUGGCAUCAAGUUGAGAGCAGUUUCGGGCUCACUGACAACACCAGACUCGUCAAUGGGUUGUGUGCAUUUAUGGAAAAUCCCUGGUUCAUGAGGGUCUGGGUUUUGCAAGAAGUUGCCAAUGCAAAGAGAGCUGUCAUCGAAAGCAAUCUUGGCAAGAUACACGCAAAAGUAUUUGCACUCUUACCCUACGUUAUUGGCUCGCCUGUCAGUGAGCAAUGUCAAGCUGUCUUGGACAUGAUGCCUGGGCCCUCAAAAGACACAUCUUGGUGGACUCAAGAUCGGAAUAUCUGCACCUUGUUAUGCAAAUUCAAAGGAAGCGAAGCUACAGACCCUCGCGACAGGGUUUAUGCAUUGAUGGGAAUGGCAUCGGAUAUUGACAGCAGUCCGUUUGAAGCUGACUACACAAAAGAAGAGAGGAUGAUUGUUCAGGAUUUAUGCCUGUACAUCUAUGGUGAUCGGAGCCCUGUCCGCGGUUUCUCGAUAACAUCGAUACAAGAGUUACAGUCCCAGCUUUCUGCCAUAUCAACUCGACUCCUCACCAACAUGCUUGAACAAAAGUCCACAGCACAAUCUUUGCAGCUAUUUCUAGGCCGACAGGGUAUGGUGAGGGAUUUCGGCGAUAUUACGCUACAAAAACUCAUGGAUCAUGGACGUCAUCUCGUGAACAUAUACCUAAGCAAGUGCGAAGUGCCCUUCCAAAUUAAUCUUCAGGCAGCUGAGAGAAGUCUUGUGGAGUGUCCUGAUCUCUUCGAUUAUUUUUUCCAAAGGCAACAGAUAUCCCCAGCCUUGCAGAGGAGCGUUGCUUCGUGGAUGAUCGCCGUGGACUACAAUGGUCUGGAACCCUUUCUCAAAAGUGUGAGAUUGGAAAUGGAUCCCGGGCCAGAACUUAUCAUGAAUGUGAUGACAUUUGGUCUAACCGAUCGUGUAAAGCUUCUAAAUUUGGUCUUUGAGGCGUUUCGAAAACCCAUUGAACUGGAUGAGAUUGUCUUUAUGCAGGCUAUUGACGAGAGGGAGGCGGUACUCCAGACUCUUCUCCAACACUGUCAGCAUCCCAUCAAGAUAUCGAACAAAGUUCUGGUCAAGGCCAUCAAGGCUGGCAUUGAAAGAUUACGGACUAUUCUUGAGACGCCCAGGCAGGCCAUUUGUAUAGAAGAGGAUGCUUUUCACGCGGCAGUUGCGCGGGAUCCGACAACACUUCAGUUUCUCUUCGAUCAAUGCGAUGGAGGUGUAUUUAUUAGUGAUCAGCUACUCCACUCUGCGAUCCAAGAUGGCCGAGACAGCCUUGAAAAGAUCCUGCAGCUGUCCUCCGGAAUUCCAGUCGGGAUAGACGGAGGUGUUUUCACCGCAGCAGCUUCGAUAGGGCCUGGAACAGCCCAACUUCUCUUUGAUCAAUGUCAUGACCCUGUUUAUAUAACAAAAAAGGCUGUGUAUACCGCUGCUUCACACAGCCCUGGUACUCUGAAGACUAUGAUAGAGGUCUGUCCUUCGAAAGUUGAACUGGAUAAGAACCUCUUUGAUCUUGCUAUAUCAAAAGAUCCAGCGACGUUACGACUUCUCUUUCAUUACUGCAUCAGACCUAUCAAUUUAACGGACAAAAUGCUUCAGUUAGCCAUCAGAGCCGGUAUCCCUGUGCUGGAGGUGAUAUUUGAGAAUUGGGCAUCCGAUAUCGAAAUCACAGAACUUGUUACCAAGCAAGCAGCUAUCGCCGGCGUCCAGGCCCUAACAUACCUGAUCAACAACUCCAAAGGCAAAAUCCAGAUCACGGACAAUAUACUUGAACUGUCGAGAACUUUCGAUCCUAGUUACCAAAUGCUACUCGGACUUCGAAUAUCAGAACGGGAUGUCACUGAAGACGAAGCAAUCAGAGCAAUAGAAAGCGGCUCUGAAGCGUUCUUGGAAUUGUUCAACCGACCGGGUAUCAAUUUCCGACUCACAGAGAAUAUUUGCAAGGUAGCUCAGAAGCAUGAUUACGCGUUUUGUGUUUUGCAAAACAAGCGGCCAAGUGAACUGUUCAUUUUCAAACGAGAGUUGUUCUUCCAAGGCUCGGCUUCGCUUGAGAGUGAUGCUGAUCGGCUAAUAAAGCAAAGAGGUUUCUUGGGAUGGGAACAUAUAUCAGUACUUAGCGAGAUGCAGGAGUCAUAA